CACCAACGCUUCUCAUCCAACUCAUUAUGACAGUUUAAAGUGAAUUCUACCAUAGCUUUAUCAAAAUAUUGCUCAAUAUUAAAAGAUUUUAUUUCCAGAUUGUUCAGUAUUUAUCCAUUAAUGUCCACGUGAAGAACACUACUUAAUUUCUACUAUAAAGUGACCAACAAUGCUAAAAUUCGGUGAUCUUCCAAUUGAACUUGAAAAUUUAUUGUGAGAUAAAGUUUAAUAGCUUGUUAAAAAUGGACGAAAUGCAUUUUGAACUGAUUUUCAAGGUGAUAAAUGUAUCUAGUCCAUGAGGUGAUGAUCUUAUUUCGAUUUUCAACUUCAGUAGAGAAGCAGUCCUUUAAAAUUGGUGGAGUCUUCUAGAAUUUUUUUUCUAGUUCCUAUUUUUAUUUAAUAAGUGGAGUGAAUAUUUGUGUGUUUUUAGUGGUAGUGUAUGAGUGAUAGAUAAUCUAUAAUGCGGUUAAUGAUGGAACGAGAAACGUCGGCAGUGGAGGCAGCCUUGGAUAGGGUAGGCUCCCAUAGCAGCUGGUGGCUGUGGGGUGUUUUCGCCCUCACCACCCUGCCAGGGGCAUUCAACGCCAUGCACAUCAUGUCCUAUGUCUUCCUCACCGAUGUCCCUCCACACUGGUGUCAAGUCAGCCAAUUACAAGCGGCCAACUGGACCCAGGAGCAGAUCAGGAACGUUUCAUCUCCAGAAGCAUCUGAAAGCAACUGCUUCAAAUACGACUGGAACUAUACGCUAUUCGCCAGCAUUGGAUACAAUGAGACAUUGGACUACAUAAGUAAAGCGACACAUAAACCAAAGUUAAUAGAAUGCCUGGCUUUCGACUAUGAAGAGAGUUCGCCCAAAUCUUCAAUUGUCAGUGAGUGGGAUUUGGUUUGUCACAGAAGCCAUCUCAGAUCAUUCUCACAAGUUACAAUCGCUUUUGGAAAAUUUGUUGGAGGAUUUCUGUUUGGAGUAAUUUCUGACAAGUAUGGUCGGAAACUGAGCUUCGCUAUAGCGACAUUGCUAUACAUGACUGCUGGACCUUUGGCUGCUCUAGUUCCUAGUUUUAUUAUAUUCAACAUUGCCAGGUUCACAAUAGGAAUCGCUGGAUCUGGAGUCUACGAAACAUCCUAUACUAUUUUGACUGAAAUAGCGGUUAAAAGGUUCAGAACGCUGUUCGGAUGUGUGUUCAACAUAUCCUACCCUGUGGGCUACAUCCUGCUUCCAUUGGCUGCCUGGGUCUCCACAGACUGGAGACAGUUGCAGCUCUACAUAUCGUUGCCACUUCUCAUUCUUAUGAUGCAUUUCUGGCUUCUCCCUGAGUCACCUCGUUGGUUGUUAUCUAAGGGAAGAAAAGGAGAUGCUUGGAAGAUUCUAGAAAAAGCCGGAGGAAUAGACAGAGAUAGCAUUGAUAGACAAGAACGUACUGCUGUCAUAGAAAGAGUAUCGGUUACUGAUCAGGAAGAGCCUGAAGGAAAAUCUGCCAUACAGCGGUUACUGCAGUCGCUGAAAAAAGUGUUCUCUCUGUACGGCACAUCGGAGAUUAGACGAAGGAUAAUUGUCUGCUACAUUGCAUGGUUUUCAGCUGCCAUGUCCUACUAUGCUAUCGCACUGAACGCAGACAAUUUCACAGCUAACAAGUACAUCUACUGUGCUUUGAACGGGGCGGUUGAGGCGCCCGGUUAUGUCGUUUCUUUCAUCUGUUUGUCCUCUUUCGGACGAAAGCCAGUCAGCAGUUUACUAUUCCUCAUAUCAGGCUCAUCGUUACUGUUUAUCCUGCUCAUACCGCAAGAUUACCAGAUGGGAAUCCUGCUGAUGGCACUAUUAGGGAGAUUCUGCAUAUCGGCAGUAUUCGCGGUUAUCAUUCUACAAACCUCGGAACUUUUCCCCACCAUAAACAGAAAUUCGGCCAUAGGCACAAGUCUCACGGUCUGCCAAUUGGGGGCCGUGGCUGCACCUUAUGUCGUCGAUUUUAUGGGAGGCAAAGAAUACUGGUAUUUACCGAGCACUUUAUGUGGGAUCCUGUCCAUUCUGACCGCCAUACUUGUCGCCUCGCUACCGGAAACCAAAGAUAAGCCACUGGCCAAUACCGUUGAAGAUAUCGACAACCAAUCAGAGAAGGUCUCUUUUCUCUCCUUCUUCAAACUCAUCUGCUUCUGUCGGUGACAACAUUUAGUCUAAGGCUUGGUUGCACAAAAGCUGGUUAGAUUUUAAUCGUGGUUAAUUUCACGAGAACCAAUCAGAGAAGGUUUUUUUUAAAGGCGGUUUCUCGGAUUGGUUCUUGUGGAAUUAAACACGGUUAAAACUUAACCGGCACUAAGUCUGUUAUUUAUUUUGCGUAUGAAUGAGGAGAAUCGUAUAAGAGAUCUUGCCAACUGUAUAAAGGAUCCUGAGAAUAUUGUAAUAUAGUGAGGUCCACGUUAUAAUGACAGUGUUUGAUUAGCAAUCAUACCUAUCUUCUGUGCCUUGGUUAGAGGCCAGAGGCUAAAGUCACUGUAUUGAAUAUCUACAGUAACUAUAAAAAUAUUAUAGUGAUUAUCAUAGUCUCUGUAUUGAAUAUCAUCCAGCUUGCACUAUGUACUGGUGAAUUUCUAAAACAAUCUACUGUCAACUUCAACGGAAAACGAAGGCGUCUAUGGAGAGGUCCAUGUUAUAAUGGCAGUGUUUGAUUAGCUAUGGUAUUGCUAUCCUUGUCUAUCAUCCAACAAGCGGAUAGCGCUAUCUCUUUAUCUCUUUGCUCUGUUGCCACAUCGUCUUUCAACA